AUGAGCAGUACAAAGAUCCAUGCAUUGAUUAUUAUAGGAAGCGGUCCUGCAGGAUAUACAGCAGCACUAUAUGCAGCAAGAGCAAGGUUAGAGCCUGUGUUAUUUGCGGGAUGGAUGGCAGGGGGUAUCGCUGCUGGCGGUCAGCUUACAAGCACUUCUAUCGUAGAAAAUUUUCCUGGUUUCCCUAAGGGGAUUGAUGGUCCAGAACUCAUGGUGUUAAUGCAAGAGCAAGCUGAACGCUUUGGAACUACAGUGUUUAUAGAAACAGUGGAAUCGGUUGAUCUUAAGACAAGACCAUUUACGGUGUCAAGUAAUGCUCGAUCGCUUAAAGCUCACAGUAUUAUUAUUGCCAGUGGAGCAAUAGCAAAAAGAAUGGGUAUCCCCGGAGAAGAUAAGUACUGGGACAAGGGAAUAUCUGCCUGCGCAAUAUGUGAUGCUGCACUCCCUAUUUUUCGCAAUAAAGAACUUUUAGUGGUAGGUGGGGGGGAUUCUGCAUGUGAAGAGGCGUAUUUUCUUACUAAAUUUGGCUCUAAAGUCUAUAUGGCUGUUCGGAGAAAUGAACUUCGAGCAUCAAAAGAGAUGCAAGAUCGGGUGCUACAGCACCCUAAAAUUGAAAUUCUCUGGGGAACUGAAGUAAAGGAAGCUCAUGGGGGAGAGGGGCUACGUGGCACUUUAGAAUCAGUUACGCUCUUUCAAAAAAAGGAUGGCAAGGAACGGCAACUACCUGUAAGUGGGUUGUUCUAUGCAAUUGGGCAUAGUCCCAACAGUUCCUUUCUUGCUGGGCAACUCACACUUGAUGCUGCACAGUACAUAGUAACCACACAUAACACACAGUGCUCUGUUGAGGGUGUAUUCGCCUGUGGUGAUGUUCAAGACGCUCACUACCGACAAGCUAUUACUGCUGCGGGGAGUGGUUGCAUGGCAGCUCUCGAUGCGGAACAUUGGCUAGCUUCACAAAAAAACAUCAUAUAG